CUCAUCAACUCAUUACCCGCCACGGAAGCAAAACUUCCUGACCCCAAUAUCCACCAAAAAAAAAUAAACAAUGUCAGCCCCGGCAGCAAAUGCGGCCUCUUCACGUUUUAGCGCCUUCAUGAACCAUCCUGCUGGUCCGAAGACAGUGUUCUUCUGGGCGCCAAUGAUGAAAUGGGCUUUGGUCGCAGCGGGUCUCAAGGAUAUUAGUCGCCCAGUAGAAAAGCUUAGCAUCUCACAGAAUGUUGCUUUGACGGCAACCGGUUUCAUUUGGGUUCGGUACUCGAUGGUUAUUACACCUAUUAAUUACAGUCUGGGAGCAGUAAACUUCUUCGUUGGAUCAACGGGGCUGUAUCAGUUGGUUCGCAUCUGGAAGUACGUGUGUCUGAACGAUUGACUAUUAUAACGUUAUCUACUAUAACAUUUUUUAGUCAUCAACGAGCACAACAAGCUGUUACCCGUACUUGAUGAUACGGCAUAUUUAGCAUAAUCCCCUUUAACCUACCACCUAGACAGACGGGAGUAGAAAUUAAGUGAAGGUAACGGUGCAAUUGACGGAGUUGUGCGGACUGUUUGCUCGGGGACUCGAGAAAUGGGAAUUAGAGGAUACAUCAUGAUGUAUUCUGAAUCUAGGGAAUGGAAGACCUUUGUACGGCGUCACCGUGAGUAUGCAGGUCCAAUUAACGUAGCUAUGCGCAGCACGAGAGCUGGCGAGUGUAAUGGAACUUCUUGAGGGAAAGCAAGUGUGAGGAAGACA